AGGCAAUCAGACUUUUAUGUGCCUUUGCUUCCUCAAUGAAUUUCAAAUUAUAUCAAAUGGAAGUCAAAAGUGCAUUUCUGAAUGGAGUCCUUCAUGAAGAGGUCUAUGUAGAACAACCUCCUGGUUUUGAAGAUCAUAGGUUCCCUAACCAUGUUUUCAAACUUAAAAAGGCUCUCUAUGGUUUAAAACAAGCUCCCGAGCAUGGUAUGAACGUCUAACUCAAUUCCUAGAGACAACUCUAUUUCUAAAGAAACAUAACAAUGACCUUAUGGUCGUCCAAAUUUAUGUUGAUGACAUAGUUUUUGGUGCUACUAAUGAAGCUAUGUGUGUAAAGUUUGCCUCCUCCAUGCAACAAAAUUUUGAAUAGAGUAUGAUGGUUGAGCUUACCUACUUCCUAGGACUUCAAAUCCAACAAACCUCAAAAGGAAUUUUCAUUAGUUAGACAAACUAUACUCGGACAAGGUUGUCAAAAUUUGAUCUUAGUAACCUUAAUCCUAGUUCAACCCCAAUGGCUACCAAUAUUCAAUUAGACAAAGAUGAAGGUGGUAUAGAUGUUGAUGAACGUAAAUCUCGUGGGAUGAUAGGAUCACUUCUUCAUCUCACGGCAAGUAGGCCAGACAUUAUGUUCAGUGUCUGUAUGUGUGCUCGUUUUCAGUCCAAGCCUAAGGAGAGUCAUCUUAGUGUCUCUAAGCACAUCUUCCGUUACUUGAAAGGUACACCUACUCUAGGCCAAUGGUAUCCUAGGGAAACAAAUCCUGAGCUUAUAGGGUUUAGUGAUUCAGACUUUGCCGGCAGUAGAACGGAUAGAAAAAGUACCUCUGGAACCUGUCAAUUUUAUGGUCGAUCUUUAAUUUCGUCGUUUAGUAAGAAACAAUACUCCGUAUCCCUCUCCACCGCUGAAGCUGAGUAUAUUGCCGCAGGAUGUUGUUGUCAACAACUUCUAUGGUUAAGGACUCAACUAGCGGACUAUGGGAUUACACUUCCAACCGUUCCUAUUUUAUGUGAUAAUAUGAGUGCUAUUAAUAUGUCCAAAAACCCGGUUCAACACUCUAGAACAAAACAUAUAGAAAUCAAAUACCAUUUCCUUCGAGAGCUAGUGCAGAGUAAAACCGUGUCUAUCUCUUUCAUACCUACGAGUGAUCAACCAACAGAUAUUUUUACUAAACCACUCCCUAUAGAUCAGUUCCUGUUUAUUCGUAAUGAGUUAGGAAUGAUUUUCCAAUCCGAUCUUGUCAGUUUUGAAUCCUGAACUUACUUUUUCUUGAAUAUUCGUUCACUUCUUUGUUUUUUGUGUGUUGAUAUAGUACCCUCUCUAAUAAUAAUAAUAAUAAUAAUAAUCAAAAGAAAAUACUUAAAACAAAGGAUUAAUUAGAUGAAUUUAAAAAAAUGGAAAACAAAAACAAAAAUCAAAACAGCCAUCCCUGCUGCGCGACGACCUCGUCUCUUCUAGCGAGGUCUCAAAACUUUCCAGCGCGGCGCGACCCUUUCCCCUUCUACUUCGAUUACGAUCUUCGAUCGUAUCCUCAUCACUGAUUCUUGCCCAGCGUUCCACCUUCCCAUUUUCCCAUACAUCUAAUCGCGCUCCUUCUCCAAUUAUCGAUUCUCAAUCGCGCUCUUUCCCUUUCUGCCUUCCUUCCCAAAAUCGCCGCCAUGAAGCACUCGAGCUCUUCCGACGGAAACGUCGUGCUCCUGCAUCUAUAUACUGGCCCUUUUCCUUUUCUCUUCUCAUCCCUCACCACAUCACCACUCCUUCUCGUUACUUGGUUCAAUCCGCAAUCAUGUGCCUUCAGCCUGAUGAUUCAUUUGUCAUGACAACUGAUCUCUUCCGCCGCCAGCAGUGUAUUCUCACCUACACCGGUGUGCUGUUUCACCAUCCAGUGGGCGAAAAUCGUCAUCGCCAUAUGCAAAUUUUUGCUGAGAAGCCCAUCAUGCCGAUCAACACCCUGGAUCCCUAUGCUUUUGCCUUCCUCGAUUCUGUGGAUCCGAUCUCCCUCAUUGAUAGUCUUGGGUGGCUCGAAAUGGGGGAUUCUCCACCUCGCGUCUACUGCCCAGCAGCAGUUCGGGCAUUCUACUCUAAUCUUCGCACAGAUGGCCUGGAGACAGGGAAGUUUACCACCUUGGUGUUUGGUAAUCUUUUUACUCUCACUGUCGAGGAUAUUGUUGCCUUCCUUGUUCUUCCUUGUCUCGGCAAGCAGCUUGUGAGCUCUCUACAGUUCUGGGCGUACAAGUUUGAUCUGCACCAGGCUGCCAUGAAUCGUCCUCUUGCAGAGUUGGACGAUUCUCUCAAAAUUCUUCAUUAUUACAUCACUAGGGUGUAUUUCCUACGGACGGAUUCCCUGAAUAUCAUUCUCCCUCAUGAUUGCUGGAUUAUGUCGCAUGUUGUCUCCGACAUGUCUCUCAAUUAUCCUCAUCUGCUGUUUGGAGCGAUCGUCGAUGCUGCUGCCAACGAGUCUCCUGCGGCUGGGCUGCCUUUUGCUGGCUUGGUUACUCAGCUGCUUCAUCGUGUGGGAUUUCCUCUCACUGGCCUUGUCUUAGCCACUUCUGACUUUGUUAGUCCCACUCUUGAUGAUGUUCUCGGGGCUGUCGAGCUCCCCCUCCUUAUUGAUUUAACAUCAGGGGGAGAAGCCUCGGUGGAUGUACCUAAUGGAUUCAACGGAGAGGGAACUGCUGAAGGCGGCACGUCCGCUGAAAUUGAUGCAUCUGCUUCCACCUCCAUUCGCCCAUUCAAGCUUAAACGCCAGGCCAAAGGACCUCGUCCUUCAAAGAGAAUGCUUAAGCGCCUCAAAGAACAGAAUGCGUCCAAGGGAGUGGUUAUGUAUGAAAAUCAGGAUCUUGAUCAAAACAAUUAAGAGCAAUAGUUUAGGGGGAGUUUGGAUUAAGACUCUUAGGGGGAGUAUUUGGAAAUUGUUUCGGCUUGUUUUUUUUCGAGUUUGUCAAAUUAACUGCGAAUGGUCUCAAUAAUGCCCUAAGCUAUGCUUGGGAUGAAUGAAACUUUUAAAACCCU